CUGAGCCUGCCUGGGAGACACAGCACACUUAAUCCAGCUGCCUGGGAGGGAGAGCGAGAUCUCAAGACAAUCUAGAAAGAAGGAGCAGGCAACUUGCAGCUGAUACACACUCCCCUCAUUACCAACCACACACUCACACACAGGCUUUUCCUCAGACACACCACACUGGGCAGGUGGCCUCUGCUCAGAUCAGUAGCUGUGGUAGAAACCAUCUUAACUGACUCACUGAGGUUUGGAUCCUCCCUGACCGUGGAAGUGUGAGCAGAGUUAGGAGAGCUUCACUUUCCUCCCCAGUGCAGAGGGACUGCACGCCAGGCACGAGGCUCCCCUACUCCUCCCCUCUCCCACUCUGCCUUUUCCUGGGCUAGCGUCCAAAGCAUGACUGGCUCUAGUGGACCCACAAGGAGGAACGCAGCCUGAGGAUACAGUAAAGCAGCUCCAGCCCUGCCUGCCUGCCUGCCUGCCUGCCUGCUGGGACACACAAAUGCAUUGAGUUUUUAAAAAUCAGCUCACACACCUCUGUGGGAUUCACAGACUUGAGGUUUUUUUUUUUAUCAACAGAUAAGGAAGACUGGAUUUAAACUGGGCAUAAAGACAGACAAACAAACAGACGGACUGACAUAUGGACAGAGAGCAGUGGGCACUGCGGCGUGAAUGUAGCAACUGGACCUCUCUUCGCUGUGGUUACUAAGACUAAAAGAAAGAUAACAACCCGAGCACUAUCCUGUCCACAGAGGUAGUGGGUGGAUGCAGCUCUCAUCACACUGCUAUAGGGGAAAGCAGAGACUGUGUAGAAGCUGCAGAGAUAUAUCUAGUUGAUCCACACUGUGGUGAUCUUCAGAUAAUGGAGUGUUACCUCCAAGUAGACUUUUGUUGGAUUGCUUUCUGCUAAUAAAACCUGUUUGCAGGAACUUGCAGUGAAGACUUAUUUUCUUUUCAUGGACUUUACUGUCCGUGUUUAUUGGACUUGCAGGAUACCUGUGUAGACAAACGUGGAGUGUGUGUAUUAAAGAGGAUGGCAGAGUGCAUAAGGACUGUGUAUUUCACAAUGAUGCUGCUGUAUCUUGUUCUGCUGGGCACGGCUCACACUGCCCAAAGCAUCUACCCAAGAAUACGGCUUUCCCACAACGAGCUUUGGCAGCUGAACAGGACCUGGGUGUUCCAGGCACAUGGAGCAUCUCUUCAGCCCCAGACCAUGCUGCUGGAUGAGAGCCACGACAGGAUUUAUGUCGGGGCCAAGAAUACUCUGUUCUCCCUUAGCCUGGACCAGGUUAACACACACCACAGAGAGAUCCAGUGGGCCACUACAGAAUCUCAGAUUGAGGAGUGUUUGAUGAAGGGGAGGGAAAAGUCGGAGUGUGCUAACUACAUCAAGGUCCUGCAACAGUACAACCAGACCCAUCUGCUGGUCUGUGGAACGGGAGCCUUUAACCCAGUUUGUGUCCUGGUCAGAGUGGGACACACAGGGCAGGAUAAGCUGUUUUCUCUUGAAGAAGACAGCAUCAUGAGUGGCAGAGGACGCUGUCCAUACGAUCCUAACAGUCCCUGUACGUCUACACUCUCCAGAGGAGAGCUGUAUAUUGGUCUUUACACUGAUUACUGGGAGAAUGAUGGUGCUUUCUGUCGACUGAACAACCAGACCUACACGCGCACUGAAAGAGACGACAGGCAGCAACUCAAUGAACCUAAAUUUGUGGGGUCGGCAGUUAUUCCAGACAACGAUGACAGGGAUGAUGAUAAAGUGUACUUCUUCUUCACUGAGCGAGAGAUGAAUGCUGAAGGACUGAACAAGGCUGUGUAUACUCGUGUUGGGCGAAUCUGUGCGAAUGACCAAGGAGGACAGAGAAUGCUGGUGAAUAGAUGGAGCUCCUUCCUGAAAACUCGUCUUAUCUGCUCUGUGGCUGGACCAAAUGGCAUUGAUACACACUUUGAUGAACUUGAGGAUGUGUUUGUGCUCAAGAACAAGGAUGGCAAAAACCCAGAAAUCUUUGGCCUAUUUAGCACAACAAGUACGGUGUUUAAAGGUUUUGCAGUGUGUGUCUAUCACAUGGAUGAUAUAAGAGCAGCCUUUAACGGUCCAUUUGCUUACCGGGAGAGGCCUGAGCAUCACUGGACACCUUAUGAGGGUAGAGUCCCUUACCCUCGACCUGGAUCUUGUGCCAGUAAAGUGAACGGUGGUGGCUUCUCCAGCUCUAAGGAGUUUCCUGAUGAGGUUUUGCGGUUUGUGCGUUCGAAUCCUGUGAUGUAUCGUCCAGUCCUUCCCCAGCAUCAAAGACCUGUCCUGCUGCAGACAGAGGGCAGGAGGAAGCUGACCCAGAUCGCUGUGGACAGAGUCCAAGCCCAGGACGGACACUAUCAUGUUCUCUACAUCGGAACCGACGACUCAGUGGUGUUGAAAGUUAUCACCAUUUACAACAAAGACACAGACUCUAUGGAGGAGGUGUUGCUGGAAGAGCUGCAAGUAUUCAAGGUGCCAGCCCCAAUAAGGGAAAUCAUAAUAUCACCGAAAAGGCAACAGCUGUAUGUGGGGUCGGAGGUGGGUGUGGCUCAGGUCAGACUGCAUCAGUGUGACCUCUACGGCUCAGAAUGUGCUGACUGUUGUCUGGCCAGAGACCCCUACUGUGCAUGGGAUGGUCUAACCUGCUCCAGAUAUUACCCUGCUGGAGUCUACCCUAAAAGCAGACGAUUCAGGCGGCAGGAUAUUCGCCAUGGCAACGCCGUUCAGCUGUGCAAUGGGCUGCAAAUGGAUGAUGAACAACGACCCAGAUCUGAGGAGAGGCUGGUUUACGGUGUGGAGAGCAACAGCACUUUACUUGAGUGUGUCCCUCGAUCACUUCAGGCCAAGGUCCUCUGGUUUUUACAGAAAGACGAAGAGAAACAUGAGGUUCGAGGUGAUGAGCGAGUUAUAAUGACCACCCACGGGCUGCUGUUUUUACGAGUGAGAAGCUCCGAUGCUGGUGUGUACGUGUGCCAGACUGCCGAACAUGGAUAUGUGCACACAUUGUUACGUAUCUCUCUCCACGUGCUCAGAGGGGAGAGGGUGGAGUCUGCGAUCAACAGGGCUAAUGAUGGGGACGGAGAGAAAGCUGCAGCUCCAUGCCCCUUCUCCUUGGGCCCCCUACCAGGCCCCAGCAGCAGCCCCAGGGCCCUGGUGCCAUCCUCAGUCCCAGGCCCCCACUCCAGGCUGUGGUACAAGGAGUUUCUCCAGCUGAUUGGCUACGGGGAUGCCCAGAGAGUAGAAGAGUACUGCGAGAGAGUGUGGUGCUCCGAUAAAAAACGUAAAAAGGGCAAAAGGAAGUAUGUUUCUCCAGGUGGCGAGAAGAGAGGGAAAGGAAGAAGAGAGGAGAACUCCCACCGAGUGCCCAGGCAAACCUUGGACGCCUGAGGAGAGCAGAGAUUGACUGCACACACACACGCACACACACACACACACACACACACACACACACACACACUCACACUCACACUCACACUCACACUCACACUCACACUCACACUCACACUCACACUCACACUCACACUCACACACACACACACAGUCUAAAGGUCAGACUCACUCUGUGUUUGCACCAUGUAAAAGGUUUUAACAUUGCUUACAACAUGAGCAGCAACAGAAAAACAACAGUAGCAGGCUGUAUAGCUGUAGUAGCUUCAUUACAUAUCAUUCAGUAGUUUAACCAUGAUGUUUUCAUUGAAAAAGCAGCAUUUUGCCCUAUGUGUGUGGUGUUUACUGAUUAUGUGGCGCAGACCCUGGGUAAAUACUAUAAAUGUCAGAGUCAGAGCAGAGGCCCUGGGAAAACGGACGACUGUUUGGCGAUGUUGCCUCGGACUUGAAGAGAAAAAUUAUAAUAUUUAUACUCCUGUGGACUGAUCCAGCCCGAUCCAACGCACACAGAGACUGCCCUAUUUCUCCUUCAAUGGCUCAAUAUGACAAACUCUUAGUAUAUCUAUUAAGAGAGAAAACUAUGAUAAAGCUAAUGGCCUUUUAAUCUUCUUUUUUGUACUAUUAUAACUUAUUUUCUUGGUCUUUACUUUGAGUUCUGUAGUUGUUUUUAGAUGACAUGAACUGGAAAAUGUUGUGCUAUUGUUUUUGUACAGUGAAAAAUGAUACUGCUAAUUUGAUAUACAGUAAUGUGGUCACAGCUGUGGUGGGUGUGGUUAUAUUGACCACAAUGCAUACAGUAAGAUAUUGCAAUACCACUAAUAUGGGUAUUUGAGGCAUGUUUUAUUAUAAUUAUGCCCCCAAUGGAAAUAAUUACUAUUUAAGCACUUGUGAAAACUGUAGAUGAAAAGUAGGCUGAUCCGUAUGUAUUGUUGUUAUUCUAAGUGUCUACAUUUAUAUUGACACAAUUGGGGUCAAAUGUAUUGUGUGUAUUGUAUAUUGUAUUUAUCAACAAAUAUCACAGUGUUUUUAUGUGCACAUCUGGUAAAUAACUGUAUUCGAAAAAGUAAUCCUUCUCAGCUGGCUACUCCAACCUCUCUCUUACUCUUUCUCCCCCUCGCCUCCCACCCCCCUUAAACCAGUCUGUCCUCUUUUUGGUUGUUUGUUAUUGUGUUGCAGAUGGGAUUCAUAAUCGCCACUACAAAAUAGAAAUGUAGAACACCACAUUACUUUAUUAUUAAGAGCAUUUUUAGGAUGACCAUACAAGCAUGCCCUUAAAAACUGAUGAGUCAGUUUCAUGAAUAUGCAGUUCAUCUGAGAUGACACAUCAAACAAUCUGAUGUUUCAGUGAAUUGUAGCAGCUAAAGAUAGAGUAUGGAGGAUCACCUCUUUUUCAUGCUGUGCCUUAUUUAUCUCUUAAUUGUGUCACUGUAGAGUCUGCCCUUGUUGUAUUCCAUGUAUUCAUAAUGGGGUUAAAUGGAAUGUUCCUCAACUAACAGCUUUGACUGAGGUUGGAAAUGUUGUGUCUGCUAUGCCCCUUCUAAAUACCUGUCAUUAAAAAAAGAUGGCCGACCCUUU